CUCGGAACCUCCUCUCACACCAAUUUCCCUCUCUCUAUGCUUCCUCGACAUCUCCAAAAUCUUGUUUUAAGGAAUGCAUCUCGGAACAAGAGAAUUAUUCUUCAACGUCAUGCUCUUCCACUAGUAACAGCCUUUCGCCCACCGAAAACAGUCGGAUUUCAUUCAUCCUCAACAAAUAGAAACGAACUCCCAAAGUCACCCUUCCAAACAUUCGUUGACGUACUCAAGGACGAGUUGAAGAAAAAUAGGGAGCUACAGGAUAAUGUUAAACAGCUGCAGGGAGAUGUUGACAAGUUUCAGGAUUCCGAGGCCAUGAAGAGAGCGAAGGCUGCGUAUGAGCGCGCCAGACUCACUUCAAGCAUCAAGGAAAAUCCGCGACUUCGUGCAGCGGCAGAAGAGCUGAAAAAGCGCGGUAUUAAAGUCGGAGAUGCAGUAUCAGAAGCUCUCAAGUCAAUGGAGGAGAGUGAAAUCAUGCGUGCUAUUUCAAAGGCUUCUGCAGCCGUUUCUUCGACUAUAGAAAAAUCUACGGAACCAAUACGAAAAACUGCAGCUUACAAAGCCCUUUCUGAAACUCUCAUCGACGCGUUGGACGAUAGUGGUAGCGCGAAGCAUGCUGGAUUCGAAGAAAAAGAGGCAAGGAGAUUACGCAGACAGAAACGGUUGGAAAGGGCAGGACGGGAUGGUGGUCUAGGACCUGGAUCUGCUCGUGUUACCAUCGACCCGGACGCUGGCACAUCCGUAGUCCUUCACAAAGACUCACCGCGACAAGAAAAAUGGAACCAGAUGAAAGAGAACAGCCCCGUCCUGAAAUCAAUCUUUUCUGUGAAGCAGUCGUUUGACGAGUCGGAGAAUCCUAUCGUCUCCACCGUACGAUCCGUGACGCAAACGAUAGGUUCUUGGUUUGAGGAGAAUGAGACAGCACAGGUUAUGCGGAUGAUGAAGAUGUUUGAUCCUGGUUUCAAUAUGAGCGGCUUUGAGAGAGAGCUAAGAGAGUAUAUUGUUCCUGAAGUCGUCGAUGCGUAUCUGUCAGCGGAUCAAGAAGCGUUGAAAGCUUGGUGCGGUGAAGCGACCUAUAACCUGUUAUGGGCAACUAUGGAGGUGUAUAUGAAGCAAGGGCUCGUUAGUGAAAGUAAAGUGUUGGAUAUACGGCAGGUCGACGUCCAUACCGGGAAAGUCCUCGAUAACAAUAUUCCCGUAUUCAUCGUCCAAUUUAAUACACAAGAGGUACUUCUUUUCCGGAAUGCCAAGACGAGUGAAGUCGCGGUUGGUGCAGAGGACCGCGUCGAGCAAUGUACAUACAUCGCCGCUAUCACUAGAGUAGAAGAGGAAUUAAGUAACGAAUUAACAGGGGGCUGGAAAGUUAUAGAGAUGGGUCGUCGAAGUGCUAGAGCAUACCUGUGAUACCUUGAUGACAUACGAAAAGUACGGAUGUAUCCUAUAGAUUUUCUAAUAGUAAUAGCGUACGUAGAAGCCCGGAUAACAAUUCACCACUCAUACACCGUGAACUCUGUUUGAAAUCGUUCAAACUGGAAUUGACACAGACUGUCCUUUC